ACGGGAAAACACUCAUAACAUUCCUCGCGUGCUCGCUCGGCGAAAUCCACCCUCCUGCAGCUCGUGGAAGCUGCGUGCCGGUUUAUGGGAAGACGGUGCAGCUGCCAGCGAUCAGGUUUCAUCAAGGGGGCCCCGAUUGGCCCAACCUGCUUCCAAAAAUACACCAUGGCAGAUAUAACCCUUCGUCUCAUUUGGUACAAACUUGGGGAGAGCUCUAGCAAGAUGGCGGAAGCAGCAGCAACAUGGUAUUCCAAGCUUCGAUGGGAAGAUCAUUUCUUGGAUAUUUUGUUGAUAGGCUGGUUUUGUUGGUGUUCAGUGAUUGUCAUUGUCAUCAACUCAUUCGUAUCUUUCGUGGGUCCUCUGCAACGUCGUCUGCCGUCGGAGACACUGCGUGCGAAGGAGGUCGGUGCCAAACCUGCACUUCCCAAGGCGCCCGGCAUUGAAACCUGUCAGUGGUUUAACACAGCGCUAAACUGGUUUUACCUCCACUAUUACCAUUCUGCGGACUUCCUGGACGAGUGGAUUAAGUCUCUCAAUGAACAGAUGACCAAACUAGGGGGUCCUGUACAGACCAAGUUUGAGAGGAUCCAGGCCGGGAGCCUGCCGCCCAAGUUUGGAGAUAUCUCUUGUGAGGCCACACCAGAAGACAAGUUUGUCAUCCAUGUUCGUGUCGAUUCCAAGGACCUGGCAUUUGUCAUCUUCUGCUCUCAACAAACUCAUGAAGGGGUCAAGCUCACCAACUGCACCGCCACAGUCUUCCGGCUCAGAGGAACACUGAAGGUUCAAUCGUUCAGGGAAGCGGGAGACGUCAAGGUCAACGUUGCAUUCGAUGGGCGUCCUGACAUCAAGGUCAAUGUCAAACCUACCAACCCAUAUCAGGUAAGCAGACUCCAAGUGUACAACACAUCAACCUCACACUUACAUCCUCAAGUCAAUAGUGGACCUGUCAUUGAUCUGGAGAGUGGUCCUGUCAUUGACCUGUGGAGUGGACCUGUAGAGAGGAAGACAGAAACAAUGAUGUAUGUCUUCAGGAACACUUGUAAGCUCUUCUGGGAUGAGAAUCUUCUCAUUGAUGUCACACAGCACAGCAACGAGCUUCGCUUCGAGGUGUUUGACAAGAACAAGCAGCCUGGAGAGGACUUCCUGGGGGAGACGACUGUGUACAUGAACGACCUGCGCCUCUGCCCCAGCAGCCGCCAGAUCCUCGCCCUGCAGAGUCGGCCCGGCAACAUGGACUCCAUCAGUGGCUCCCUCACCGUGGAGUUUCUCUUCAUGGACUCGGCGGAGGCGGAGAUGAUGAUGGGUAUGCCGGGCGCCCCCAACAGCCAGCUGUCCCCCAAACGUCGCAUCGAGACGGAGCGCACUAUCACACCAGGUGGCACUGUUAUAACCACGACAACUACUACCACACACCGACCUCAGUUCGGCCAACUCCAACCAGGGCCAGAGGGACAUCCCCCCAGCCUGGUGGAGAAGCAUCACCACUCUAACCCGGACCUGGACUCCUCGUCCACCCUGAGUGCCGACUCCCCGUACUUCCCCGGGGACCAGUCAUUGUCAGCAUCUGCAUCCUCAGAGUUGAUUGUAAUUAAUGGAGUGGAGUCCGUCACAGACGCAGCCAUCAGGGAGUUGAAAGACCAGACGCGGCGGCCUCGCACUCCAACCAAAACUAGCACGCUUAUAAUAACCGGCGUCAAGCGGGUAGCAUCUGAGGAUGUAGACAAGACUAUAGAGAGUUCUCCCACGGAGGAGGGGGGUGACAUCACCGUUACCAGCGCCCCCCCAGAGAAGGCUGUUGAGAAAGAAAAGAAGAAAAGCUCGUUUGGGGAAGCGAUAAGGAAGCGUUUUGGUCGCAAGAAGCGAUCGCAAAGUGCUGAUCGUGCUGCGUCCAGUUUGAAAGAAGGCGCGAACUAUCUCCGCCCCCCUGAGCAAACCUACGGCCCUCAAUCUAAAGAUGAUAUGGAACUCGUGCGGUCCCAGGAUCCAUCGAAAUCACCCAACUUGAAGAAGUCCCGCUCACUAGGUGGUAGCUUAAAGAAACUGUUCCGGCGUAGUAGAAAACGGUCGAAGUCUCGAGGAGAAUCAUCACGAGAUAGCUCUUUUUCAAGGUCAUCUGAUCGCCGAGGAGGUUCUCAAAAUCCUUCCAGGGAUAGUUCGUUAAACAGACAUUCAGCACAUCAAAGGGCUGCGUCUACUUCUUGAAACCACACCCCCUCCAAAUCUAAUUUUAAAAUUAAUAUAUUUUGUACAAAAAAAGGAAUUAACGCUAAGCACAAAUCGGCUGCAUGACCUUUCACGAAUGCUGUUAUGGGUUUUCAACAGCCUUGACCUCAGAGGUUCAAGGUCAUAUUUUCAAGGUGAUCCUUACAUCUCUUCUCGACCUUGAAUAACAUUUAAUGUGAUGUUCCCAAUGACCUCUAUGUGCUCAAACGACCUUUAAGGUCAUUUGCAUAACUAUCUGGUCAUGUGUUCAUGGAAACUAAUAUCAUAUCACUUAAUCCUGUUUGUGAUCAGACAUGCACUAUGUAACAGUGUUCGUGAUGGGUCAUGCACCAUGUAACAGUAUUUCUGAUUGGUCAUGAACCGUGAAACAGUGUUUCUGAUUGGUCAUUUGCCAGGAAGCCUCUUGUAGAUGUGUGGAAAUAAUCUGUACAGACUGUCCUAUGUAUAAGUACAGUUUUGUGGCUACAGUGUAACUGCUCUUGCAAUCAGUUGCGGCCAUAUUUAAAUAUAGUCCUGGGCACACAAAGUUUUGCCUCUGAAACACUAGCUUUCCUUCAGACUUAAAUAUGCUGACAAAUAUGCAAAAUAUGAUUUGACAGACUUUUCAAACUGAGUUUUAUCUUCAAACCUGAAUAUUGUGAAGUAUAUGUGUCAGUGAUGGUGGCUAUGCAGUGAUGUCCGAGCGAAGCGGCACCUGCAAUAUCCGUUUUAACAAAAUAUACAACUAUAAGACCUUUCUGUCUGCGAAGUUUAUCAGGGUACGUCUCUGACAGAUGUUAGUGAGUUGAUGUCAUGACUAGUUACAGGAGUGUGUUAGUAGAUGUAGGUGUCCUGACAACUAGUUAUAUGUGUGAGUAGAUGUAGGUGUCCUGACAACUAGUUAUAUGUGUGAGCAGUUG